GUGUGCGGCCGCGACCCCGACGGCUUCCUGCGCGUGGAGCGCGUCGCGGCGCUCGGCCUGCGCUUCGGCCAAGGCGAGGAGGUGGAAAAACUUGUGAAGUGUUUGGAUCCCAAUGACCUGGGCAGAAUCAACUUCAAGGAUUUUUGCCGAGGAGUGUUCGCCAUGAAAGGGUGCGAGGAGCUACUGAAGGACGUGCUGUCAGUGGAGAGCGUGGGGACCCUGCCAUGUUCCCCAGAGAUCCCGGACUGUGUGGAGCAGGGCAGCGACAUCUCUAGCUCUUCCUUUGCUGAUGGCGAGCUCCUCCCCAGGGAACCCGGCUUCUUCCAGGAAGAGGAGGAGGAAGCAAUGACACUGGCCUUGCCUGAGGGACCCCAGGAGUUAGAAAUGGACAGCCCCAUGGAGAGCAGCCAGGGCCUGGAGGGCUCUGUCCGGAGUCCUGACGAGGAGAAGGAGCCUGAACUGGGGGGCCUGUUCCUGCAAGAGGACAAGUCCCUGGUCCUCACUCCAUCUAUGACCACAUCAGACCUUUCCACUCACUCCACCGCCUCUCUCAUCAGCAACGAGGAGCAAUUUGAAGACUAUGGAGAGGGGGAUGACGUGGACUGUGCCCCCAGCAGCCCCUGCCCUGAUGAUGAGACCCGAACCAAUGUCUACUCAGAUCUAGGAUCGUCAGUGUCUUCCAGUGCGGGGCAGACCCCAAGGAAGAUGCGGCAUGUCUACAACAGUGAGCUGCUGGAUGUGUACUGCUCCCAAUGCUGCAAGAAGAUCAACCUGCUGAACGACCUGGAGGCCAGGCUGAAAAACCUGAAGGCCAACAGCCCCAACCGGAAGAUCUCAAGCACAGCUUUCGGACGGCAGCUCAUGCACAGCAGUAACUUCAGCAGCAGCAAUGGCAGCACCGAGGACCUGUUCCGAGACAGCAUCGACUCCUGUGACAAUGACAUCACAGAGAAGGUGAGCUUCCUGGAAAAAAAGGUAACCGAGCUGGAGAAUGACAGCCUGACCAGCGGGGAUCUGAAGAGCAAGCUGAAGCAGGAGAAUAUGCAGCUGGUGCACAGGGUGCAUGAGCUGGAGGAGAUGGUGAAGGAUCAGGAGACCACGGCAGAGCAGGCACUGGAGGAGGAGGCCCGGCGGCAUCGCGAGGUCUACUGCAAGCUGGAGCGGGAGAAGAGCACUGAGCUGGAGCUGCUCAACACCAGGGUGCAACAGUUAGAAGAAGAAAAUACGGAUCUGAGGACCACAGUGACUCGGCUUAAGUCACAGACAGAGAAACUAGAUGAGGAACGGCAGCGCAUGUCUGACCGUCUGGAGGACACCAGCCUGCGACUCAAGGAUGAGAUGGACCUUUACAAGCGCAUGAUGGACAAGCUGCGGCAGAACCGCCUGGAGUUCCAGAAGGAGCGGGAGGCAACGCAGGAGCUCAUCGAGGACCUGCGGAGGGAGCUGGAACACCUGCAGAUGUACAAGCUGGACUGUGAGCGGCCAGGUCGGGGCCGCAGCUCAUCUGGCCUUGGCGAGUUCAACGCCAGAGCCCGAGAGGUGGAACUUGAGCAUGAGGUCAAGCGUCUGAAGCAGGAGAAUCACAAGCUGCGGGAUCAGAACGACGACUUGAACGGGCAGAUCCUGAGCCUCAGCCUCUACGAGGCGAAGAACCUCUUUGCCACCCAGACCAAAGCCCAGUCUCUGGCUGCAGAAAUCGACACAGCAUCUCGCGAUGAGCUAAUGGAAGCCCUGAAGGAACAGGAGGAGAUCAACUUCCGACUGAGACAGUACAUGGACAAGAUUAUCCUGGCUAUACUGGACCACAACCCCUCCAUCCUAGAGAUCAAACACUGAGCCAGGGUUGGCUGCAGAGCGGCCAUUGGACCUGGGACCUAGGGACAGGCCUGCCGGAGGAGGAAGAUGCAGGCGGGACCCCACACUCUCUCUGUAAAUGUGCUUCCAGCCACCCUGUGUGUAUGUGCUAGGGUAUGUGCGGGAGACCACACACACAGACAAGGAGUGAGCUGGGGGCCAUGGCUGUGGGUGACAACCCGUGAUAAUCUGUGUGUGCACUUUGCGGCCCCUUUGUGAGGGGCUGAGGGGAACUGGAUGUGGGAGGAACACUCUCAGGAGUUGACAGCAAGGACUGGAAGCUUUCAUUUAGGAUACUGAUGAAAUGAUUCUACCUCUGUGGAUAAGGGUUAGAGGAAGCUCUCAGGAGAUGGUCCCCCCACCCACCUCGGAGUAGGGACAAAACUGUUACGUUCUCCAUAAUUUGGUGUCCUUUCAAACCCAGAUUUUUUAAGCUCAAAGAGGAGGAAGGGGGGUUGGGAGGAACAGGGACCCCUGUGGGUAGCCUUUGGGGUACAAGUAGAUGGAGUCCAGUGGACUCGGGUUUACAGAGCAGCUGCGUGCACUGUCCAUGCCCCUGGGUUGAGUCCUUUGAGUUUUCUGUGCCCUUUCCAGCCUUGGUUUCCUACCUCCCCUUUCUGGUUGGCCUUCAGUUUGUUUUGAAGACAGGAAAUACACACAGCAUUCACUUGGGGGUAGAAGAAAGGCCAAGAAGAAGGGUGGAGAGCCCAAGACAGGUGUUAACACUGGGGGCCAAAAGGAGCGAUUGCCUGGAAGAGACGUGUUCCCAUGGCUGCAUCUUAAGACAGAUGUGCCUUGGUGAGGGCAAGCCUAGGGAGGUGUUUCUAAGGCCGAGUCUGGACUCCUAUGGGGAGGUAGCCACACCCCUUCUUACGGUUUUUCAGACACACCCGGAUCUGGUCCCUCUGUUAGCAGACUUCCUGGUGGGGGGGGGGGGAACAUUGUGGAGCAACCUUGGUCUUCCGUUCUGUGACUACAUGGUGGGAGGCCCCCCUUUCCUCCCCUGGAUUUUUUAAGAAUGCAAUCUUUUGUUCUAGGCAUCUGGGCUGUUGCAUUUUAUCUGAGUCUUAUAUGGCUCGUGAUUGACUUCCUUAUCUCCAGCCCAGAUAAACGUGGAUGGUCUUAAGUCUUCCCUUCCGCUUGCUUUCUUAAGCACAUCUUGUGUAAGAAGGAAGGUUUGGGCAUGUUGGGGAGGCUAGUGAGCAGAAGGGGGGGGCAGUUGAGGGUAAAGGGGAGGGGACCGGAGCCUGUCCCCUGCUUGGCAGAGACAGGGCUGUGGCCAGUCUGAUUUCAGUCGGCUCGCUUCUGCUUUCCUUGGCUUUUCAGAUCCGUUUUAAUGACGCGCACAGAGCUGUCUGGUGCUGCGUAGAUGGUGGGUGGUUUGCCUUGCCCUGGGCUGCCUGGCUGAGCCACAUCGGGAAGAGGGGAAGGCUUGACUUGAGGCGCAGGUCUCUGGGCAUUCCCUGGGGUCUGGGAAGACGGAAUAGAGAAAGGCUAGGUGGGGAGUCUUGAGGACAUGAAGGGAAGAUAAACUUGAGGUUGGUCUAGGUGCCACGCUGGAAGGAGUGUGGCAGAGGCCAGGUGAGUCUCGGUCCUGGUCUGUAGGGGCUGCCUCGGGGAUGAGUGUUCUGUACUUGAACUUGUGUGGGCCUCCAGUGUCACGGUGUGUAAGUUCCUAGAGAAGGCCACAGAGGCCAGAGUCACAGCAUAAUGCCAGGAAGGGGAGGCUUUUGGCCAACGGUGGGCUGCAAGAAUGGACUCCUGGAGGAAACGGCAAGUCUGGAAGCCCCGUGGACCUGGACCCUUGCUGUAGGCCUCUGGAAGAGGAACUUCCGAGGGUGGGGCUGGCUUCCAUACAACACACCUCAGGCUCAGCCAGCCUUCUUCCUUUCCUCAGCCAGAAUACACUCCGAAAACUUGGUCCACUUGGCCUAAGAUCGUGUUUAUUGUCUCUUGUAGUGGUGGCAGUAGGUUUUUGUUUUCUUUUUUGAGACAGGGUCUUACACUGUCGCUCUGGCUGCCCUGGAAUUCAAGGUCAUCCUCCUGCCUUAGCCUCCAGAGUGCUGGGAUUACAGACAAACAAGUGGUUUUAGCUUUUAGAAUCGCGAUGUUCCAUGACGUACUUGAUGCUUCGGGAGCUUUUUAAUAUUCUGAUCCUUACGUGUUCUAACAGUUGGUACAGGUGUGGCCCGGGCCUUGGAAUGUUCUAAGAAUGCCCCAGGUGAUAACUAAUUUAGCUAAGUGUCCUGUGAAGGGGUGUUGGAUUUGCCAAACUGGACAGCUCCCUCGGGGAAGGGUCAGCAGUAACUUGCCAAGAUCCCAGCAGGUUGGGGGCCAUGCAGGGGACGCCCUUUUUAUGUGAUGCUAAACCAUCCUCACAUUCCAUUAGAAGUCAAACAGAAUGGGCUAAUGUCUUCCUGUGUCACAUGAUUCCUUCUAGCGUUGACUCGGCUAGAUUUGAUUUUAAACUGGUAGCUUCCCUUGAGAUUCUACAGAGGAAAUUGCUGUUGUUUUCGAGACAGGGUUUCUCUGUGUAGCUUUGGAGCCUUUCCUGGGACUCACUCUGUAGCCCAGGCUGGCCUCGAACUCACAGAGACCCACCUGCCUCUGCCUCCUGAGUGCUGGGAUUAAAGGCGUGCGCCACCACCGCCCGGCAGGAAAUUGCAUUUUUAAAAUUUUAUUUCUGACACACUAAAAACACAAAACUCAAGAACCAAGCAGAACACCAGGGCCUGAGACUGGGUUUGCCAGUUUGUCGGUGUGCUGGUGUCACGGGAGGAGGUUCUGAAAACACAUACAAUGGCAGGCUUGGGAAUGUAGCACAGUGGUCGGGUGCUUAGUGUGAGGUUUCGUCCCCGGCAUGAAAGGAGGUUGAGGAUCGGACCGACUCUGAGGUCCCGUUGAACUGGUGGCGGGGGUCACCACAUUCGUCGGCGUUUGUCCUCCCCGGCACUGGCCAUGCACAGUUCAAGGUGGAGGCUCAGGUAGAGACGCCACAUGAAAUGUCUCCGAGCUCAAGCAGGGCUGGAGAAGCUUGCCUUUGAGGUGACCAGAAGAUGGCUGGCUGGCUUUGGUAAUUGUGCCACUGAGUGGUCCUUGCCCCAGGAGAGAGUCCUGCUGCCCUCACUAGCCUGGAAGUCUGUGUCCCUUAAUGGCUCCCUGCCUGGGACCCCUGGAGUCACAGAGAGCAGGUUCCGGCUUCUCCUGGGUAUCGGCUCUUUGCAAAGUGGGGGCAGAUGGUUGAGAGCUGGGCCCCGAGGGCAGCUUCAGGUGCUCUGGUCACUUGCCUGUGGGUUUUGUCUGACUGGAGUCAGGGUGUCCCAGUGACUUCCCGGUCAGUGUCAAAUCAGCACCCAGUUCACACCAUGGAGACUCGAGGUGAUGGUCCUGUGGCUAGUCUGAGUUGUGAUCCAUACUGGUUCUGAUGGUCCAGGGGGUGUCGUUACACAUUUGGCUCCCAGGGGAUGUGGAGGCUCUACUACAAGGCCCCAGGAAGCAGGAGGACUUACUCUCCUGUGGGGCGUUGGCAAAUGGACGCCUGUCUCUGGACAUGACUGAUGGGAUCUGGGAAGGGUUUAGGGCAGUCAGCAGACCAGCCUGACAGAUGCCCAGUGACUCUGUGUAAGUCCAGGUGAAGCUCUAGGGCUUCAACACUGCCCCUUCUCCCCAAUCUUUCUCCUACCCCCAACCCCUCCCGGGGCCCAAGGACAUGCCUCUUGGUGGCUCCUCAGCUUGGCAUCACUAACAUGUUCUCACCAAGGGGCCUCAGGUUGGAGUGGCCGAACCUUCCCAGGACCUCCCUCUCCUGACUCCCAUGUGGAAUGUGCAUGUGAUGGGUGUGUCCGGAAAGUGGAGUUGGCAUCACAGCCUGCCUUAGCUUCAGGGCAGGACAGCUCUGUGGCUCUGUCAUCUUUUAGCUGCUCCGCUAAGAAAAUAGGCACUUCUAGAAGGCUCUGUCUCUGAAAGCAUAGCAAGGUGACAAUCGUUGUCACCCUAUCCACCAGGAGCUGGGUGUCUUUGCCGUACCUUCCUUGUGGGCUCCUUCCUCUUCCCGUUGUGACUGUAAUGUAGGGAUGUCUGCCCGAGGGCUACCAGCUGGGGGCAGCAUCGCGGGCCACCUCUCCUUCAGGCCUAAGGUCUGCUGCCGGCUCAGCCUCGUUCUUGUCGGGACUGUCUGCUUCCCUGUUCUGCACAGGCUGGGUUUUGUCUGCAUGGUUUGGGGUCCUUGUGCCUUUCCCCCCUUGUGGCCACCACACAGGUUUCUGUUACCCGCUGCCCCUUUUGUACACCCCCUUACCGGUCUUCCCCAGUCCUGUGUGUACUCAUGUGUGCGACCAUGUGCCUCCACUGAGGCCAGCUGGCAGACCCUUUACCCCCACCCCCCACCCCCAGUCAGGCCCGCUUCCCCAUAGGUCCCCCAGCCUCUGUUGACUUGGUAACUUUUCUACAGGAUCUUUUGUUACAGUCUUCAGCAUAGGAACCACGUAGUCACCGUGUACCUGCAGCUAGUUUAGAAGCCCUGCGUCCCAGACAAGGGCAGCUUUGUGUAGACCAGCUUCUCCCACAAACCUCUUCUGUGUGGAUGUGGAUGUUCAUAGAAGACGGACCACCUGGCCCCAGCAGGGAGGUUGCAGGUCUGCAAGGCUCCAUGCAUGGCUCUUCUGGAGGAAGCCCCAGCCACGUGGUUUCCAGUGCUUGCAAUACAUUUGGGUUUAGGGCCACUGUGUCUGGUGUCUCCCCCCACGUGUGCUGGAGGAAGUCAUUUGCUACUGUCCUGCCUGCUAUGAUCACCUGUCCAGCCCUUCCCUACCUGCUGGUGCUCAGGCCAGAGUGCCAUUAAUCACCAGACUGAUGUCAGGACCUGGAUGGGACAGCGUGCGCUGAGGACACACAGCCUGCUGGCUCCCGGCUUCAGCUUUUCAUGCUCUGGGGCUGGGCCUUCUAGGGACCAGGUGAAAGAAGCCACAGGUUCUGAUUUUCCAGGGAUUGCAUCUGGGGCUCUGCUCCAGAAGCCAGUCAUUGCGAAUGGCCCUAGCUUUGGGCCUGGAAAGGAACGUCCGCUCUAGGCCCCAGGGAGGGGGAAGGGGUGAGUCCUAGGCCUGAACUGUUUGCCUCCAGCCUGUUCUCUCCUGAAACAGGCUUUUAGUACAGACACCUUCCGAGACCUGUAAUGUACAGAGCAGUGUAAAUAAAGAGUUGGCUUUUUGUUCCUGA